AUGGCUUCCAACAAAGCUGCGAGGAUGGGCGAGGAGGUCUGGAAAAGUCGUGUAGACAAAGUCAAUGCCGAGCUAGUCACUCUCACCUAUGGAACCAUUGUCGCACAACUUUGCAAAGAUUACGAAAAUGAUUAUGUGGAAGUCAACAAACAGCUUGAUAAGAUGGGUUAUAAUAUUGGGCUACGUUUAAUCGAAGAUUAUCUUGCCAAGUCAAAUACCAUGAGACGUUGCUCGAACUUCAGAGAGACCGCGGAGAUGAUUUCCAAGGUUGGGUUUAAGAUAUUCUUGAACAUCACCCCGGCGGUAUCGAACUGGACGAGCGAUAACAAACAAUUUUCCCUGAUUUUUGAAGAAAAUCCCUUGGCCGACUUUGUGGAAUUGCCAGACGAUGGAAGAGCACAAGAUGAGUUGUGGUAUUCGAAUAUCUUCUGUGGGAUUUUGAGAGGUGCACUGGAGAUGGUACAAAUGCAAGUUGAGGCUCACUUCAUCAGUGAUAUUCUAAGGGGUCAUGAUUCAACUGAGAUGAGGAUUACUUUAGUCAGGUAUAUUGAUGAUGAGAUGCCAAUGGAUGAUGAUUAGGAACCGGGUUGUUUCAGGCGGCGUGCAUAUUUCUGGCGUUUAGGGAUGGGGGUUAUCAUUGCGAGGAUUUUGAAGACAUGGGAUCUUUAUGGCUCAAGGUAGAUUAUAAAAUCUUUGGUUUUAAUGUCGAAAACUAAUGUAUGUUGUUGAGA